GUCACUGCCAGGGUUAAUUCAUCGAACGGUCCACAUGCCAAAUGAACAGAAUUUGGUUCAUUUCGGGUUGUCUCACUGACAGGCGCUGCUAUUUUGGUUUGUCACGAGUUUUAUUUUUAUUUGCGCGGAAAAACGUGUGUGUGCAUGUUUCGGCAAUAUUUGUGCUUGUCGGGCGCAUCAUCGUAUUAAAAUUCUCUGCCCUACGGAUGGAAAAUGUGCCGAAAACAAACGAUUAUUCAUCGUCUUGGUCGUAAUGAGCAGUGGUGAAUCGCACGGCGUGGGAUUGUUUACUUCCGUGAGACCUUUCGAAGGUCCUUCUUGCAACGGAUACACACAAACACACGCGCGACGACGGUGGUGCAUUGUGAAAAUCCGUGCCGAAACCAGCCCUGGGAGUGGUGGUGCGGUCAUCUGGUGAACACAGGCAGGAGCAGUCAUUUCCCUCCGGGAGCGUGAGAAAAUCUAUUUUGACGAUUUUCCAACUCUCUCUUACCGACGAGAAUAAGGCACCGCGACAACAUCGUACGCUGGGUGGGAAAUGUGCUUCACGUUACUGCCGGGACGGAGUGCGCUAGGAAAAACGAGAACAGUUUUCCACCAGCCGUCGUUGUCGUUGGAUUUAGACGAAAAAACACCUCGGUGCGGAACGGUUCGAACAGUUUCACGGCAGCGCGCUUCUAUUUAGGAAAGAUCUGCUCCUAGCUAGAGUGCGUGAGUGUUGGUCUGUGUGUGUGUGUGACUGUGCAUUAGAGAGAUCUUUGAUCUGGUGUGUUGGAAACAGUAGCAAUCGCACUAUACACGUGUAAAGCAACCACAUCCAAGCAGGCGCGUAACCAUGUCGGCCGAAGUAAGUGAACCCAUCAAAAAGUGUUCGCUGAUCCUGAAGAAUGCGAAGAGUGACACGGAAAAGUUUGCCGCACUGUUCAUGGUGACGAAACUGAUCAAAGGCAAAGACUGCAACCAGGCCGGGAAGCGGCUGCUGUUCGAAUCGAUAGGGUUCGACUUUCUGCGCAAGUUGCUCACCAGCAAGGACAUACCGGAUGAUUGUCCCGCUUCGGUCUACCAGAGUGUAGCUCUUUCGAUUCUUACCUGCUUCUGCGAGGAUGAGCAGCUCGCCACGCACCAAGACAUGCUCGACAGCAUUCCGGUAUUUCUGGGGAUCGUGUCGACGUGCGAUGACGACGAGUACGACGACAAUCUGAUUGUCAUCAACGAGGCGUACCACUGUCUGCAGAGCAUCUCGCUGUACGAGAGUGGCCGGAUGGCUCUGCGCCGCCAUGAUGUCAUCACGAAGAUGGCCCAGAUCUACACCCAGCGCAGUUUUCAGAUCGACGAAGCACUGACGCUGAUCGUAACCUUGGUAUCCCGCUUCGGGGCCAACUCGUGGGACAGCGAUCCAAAGUUGUUCCAUGCGCUGCUGCAGCGCGUUUCGCUGGACUUCGAAACCGAUCAUGCCGAACGCAAGUUCGAGCUGGCGGAGAUGAUAAGCGCACUGCUGUUCCACUGUCGUCGCGAUCUUGUGGCACGCUCGGUGCAGGGGGAAAUUUGGCCCGAAUGCUUGUACAAGGGCAUUAGCGAUAUUUUGACGAGCAAAAUUGGUAAAGCGCAGCGUGAUCCAGCCCUGAAACUGGCAGCAAACGCGGUCGAUGUGCUCGGUAUCGAGUGGACGUUACACGAUGUGGAAAAUCCGAAGAAAUUCUUCCUGCUUCUGCUGCAGCUGGCCGCGAUCGAGGUGCGCAUGCAGAUGGAUAACAAAAGCUUCAACCAAUGCGUUCAGCAGGCAGAUCUAAUCACCGCCUGCUUCAUCAUCCUCGAGCUGUCGAUCAAUUACAUGUCGACGGAUCAGCUCGAACUCGAUCAGAAGGAUAAGCAGCAGGUGUACACCGGGCUCAAGGGUGCGUUCUCGGCCGUGCUGGGCGUGCUGGUGAAGUUGGCAAAUGACACCAAGAAAGAUCGACUGCAGAAAGCGGAGAAAGCGUUUGCGUACGCAAUGGUGCGCGUUCUCACUGCCUGGCUGGCACAGGAGACGACGGCCAUGAAGAACCAGGUCUCGAAGGUGCUACCGUUCCUGUUCAAGCUGGCCAACGAGUCAUUCUACGAAUCACGCGACUACCGCAUCGCGCACAAAGCCGACAAUGUGGACGAUCACGAGCAGCAGCCACCGGCAGACAUCUUGCGCGUGAUGCUACCCGCCAUCUGCCAUCUGGUGGUGGAGGAGGAAGCACGCCAAAUCUUCCUGAAGGAGAAAGAGGAGCAGGUGCUGUACGAUUGUCUGCUGUUCCAUUGGUCCAUUGCACACUACAAAAAACCACCCGUACCACGCGCCGAGCGUCUCAAACGUAUGAACGAGCCCGACCCCGAAAUGACGCCCCAACAGCUGGACGACAUGAAGGAUUCGCGGACGGCGAUCGUCAGUCUGUGCAAUAUCCUGAUGAACAUUACCGUGCUGGAGGCCAAGCUGGUUGAAGAGAGCACACUCUUCGCGCAGCUGUUGCGAUUCAUCUUCGAAAAUUUGCCCGAACUGAAGGACAUCCCGGACAAUCUGGUAAUGCACGGUCAUCUGGCCGUCCUUGGGCUGCUGCUGCUGAAGCAGCAAGCGACCAAGAUCAAGAAGAACGAUUUCUCCAUCUGCCGGUACAUCCAGACCACGAUCCGGUUCCUGUGGGACGCGUACAACAUCGACGAAUCGAACGAUCCGCAAGCGCUGGUAGUGUCGCUGCAGUACAAGGAGCACUGGUUCGAGAUCAUGGAGCUGUGGUUCCUGGGCAUGCAGACCAUGAGCGGCAUCAUCAAACUGAUUCCCUGGAUCUCCGAGUUUGCGAUCGAGAGCGGGUGGGCUGAAGGGAUCGUCGAGACGCUGCGCAAGGUGAAGAUUGGCACGCUGCCGCCGAACGUGAAGCUGGCAUACGAAGACUUCUUGUCGCAGCUCGUCGACGCUAAUCCGGCCGUAGCACCAGUGUUGAAAAAAGCGGACGCGCUAAAAGUGUGUCGCAACCAUCGAAUGAUGGAUCUGGGCAAGAAACUCUUUGGAGACUAGCGAGCCAACCCUGUCAUCAUCGCUCACUGCAGGUUUUCGAAGAAGUGCGCAGUUUGUUUUACAUUCUAAAUUCAUCUCUUUCUUUUCAUCAUCGGCUGCCACACGUCCUGUUUGCUGCAUUUUUGUUUCAUCGCUCAUCUAUUUUAUCGCAAUUUUAUUGCGUUCGCUUACUGUCGCCCCAUACGCAUGGUGGUAAUGCUGAGAAAUAAUAGGGGAAAACGUAUGAAAGAAGUGAAAUAUAAAUGUACACCUUAAUGUGCAAAAUAAACGUGUUUUCAACGUGUAUACAAAUACUAA